ACUAAUCCCUUGACCACACACACACACACACAAAAUAAAAUUUCCACACAUAUAUUCAGUGUAAGCUUCGUGUUCUGCUUGUGUGUGUGUGACUGCAGGAGGAAACACAGAUCCAUUCGCUGAGAAAAAUCUCCCUCUGGAAAGAGUCGAGUUACUGCGGAUUCUCCGCCCUGUACAGCCACUCCUCAUCAGUCACUGUACAUUUCCGUGUUUCAGUCCUGCAGGCUCGAGGGCUAUGUGGUGGAGGUGACUUUCCGGAAUCGCGGACAUCUUUUAUUUCAUGUUUCUCCGAGGUCUCUAGGCCGGUGGGCAGAAGAACUUUCUGAUCCGGUUUUCUGAGAAGCGACGGCUCCAUUUGUGUGAAACCUGCUCAUUGCGAUGGCUGUGUUUGCUUGUUUUGUCGGUCAUUAAUUCUGUUCGAGUUGAGACCAAAGAGAAGGAUGUUUUUCUGCGUCUUUGUAUUUAUGGCCCGAGUUCAGGGUACAAACAACGUCUCGACCUUCCCUCAAACGCCUUCAUCUUGUCACAGCAAAACAGUCGAAGUGGAGAAAUCCACAGAUCCUCACCCGUCGCUCCUGGCCGACCGAUGUUUCACUCCUGGCGCUGCGGAUGUGGAAAAUAAGUCGGAGGUUUCAGAGUCAGAGCACAGUGAAGUUAUUAAAUGAUUAUUAGGGUAAGUUCGAGUUGCAGCUCAAGGGUAAAUCCGGCGACCAAUGGGUCGAAAUUCGGGGCCUUUUAUCGCCGUACGACGGAUAAUUGAUCUGGGUCUAUCAGCGUCGGAGCAUAACGUGUUAAUCAUUUUUAAAUAAUAUUUAGUAAUGGAAGUUUUAGUUGCAGUUGACAGGGCUAAGGGAUUUUCAAGUGACUCUCUUUGGAUAAAAUCUUGUAGUCGGUGGUGGCUCAGUGGACUCGAGGAAGAUUUCGAUUGAACUGCAUUUUAUUUGAGAAUGAAGCGUGAGGAUCACAGCCGAUACGACGGAGGUUCCGACCGCGCUUCGGUGCUUCUCAGUCCUCUGCUGGAUGUCUGAGCGCAGGAGGAGCGCAUGAUUUGCAUUCAAUUAUUUCACUCGUAUUUGCAAACAGCAGAGUAAAAGGCUGAUCAUGACACUGGGCGGGCCAAUCUGCUCCUUUCUGCCAAUCUGCUCCAAAAAAGGGCACUUUUUUGGACAGAGGGCAGAGGGGCAGGUGCUUGAGCACCACCUCGUGUCUAUCUGUGCACGCCACUGCGCGCGCGCGCACACACACACACACACACACACACACACACACACACACACACACACACACACAAAAUAAUAAUAAAAUUAAAUAAAUAAAAUUUCCACACAUAUAUUCAGUGUAAGCUUCGUGUUCUGCUUGUGUGUGUGUGACUGCAGGAGGAAACUCACAUCCAUUCGCUGAGAAAAACCUCCCUCUGGAAAGAGUCGAGUUACUGCGGAUUCUCCGCCCUGUACAGCCACUCCUCAUCAGUCACUGUACAUUUCCGUGUUUCAGUCCUGCAGGCUCGAGGGCUAUGUGGUGGAGGUGACUUUCCGGAAUCGCGGACAUCUUUUAUUUCAUGUUUCUCCGAGGUCUCUAGGCCGGUGGGCAGAAGAACUUUCUGAUCCGGUUUUCUGAGAAGCGACGGCUCCAUUUGUGUGAAACCUGCUCAUUGCGAUGGCUGUGUUUGCUUGUUUUGUCGGUCAUUAAUUCUGUUCGAGUUGAGACCAAAGAGAAGGAUGUUUUUCUGCGUCUUUGUAUUUAUGGCUCGAGUUCAGGGUACAAACAACGUCUCGACCUUCCCUCAAACGCCUUCAUCUUGUCACAGCAAAACAGUCGAAGUGGAGAAAUCCACAGAUCCUCACCCGUCGCUCCUGGCCGACCGAUGUUUCACUCCUGGCGCUGCGGAUGUGGACAAUAAGUCGGAGGUUUCAGAGUCAGAGCACAGUGAAGUUAUUAAAUGAUUAUUAGGGUAAGUUCGAGUUGCAGCUCAAGGGCCAAUCCGGCGACAAAUGGGUCGAAAUUCGUGGCCUUUUAUCCCCGUACGACGGAUAAUUGAUCUGGGUCUAUCAGCGUCGGAGCAUAACGUGUUAAUCAUUUUUAAAUAAUAUUUAGUAAUGGAAGUUUUAGUUGCAGUUGACAGGGCUAAGGGAUUUUCAAGUGACUCUCUUUGGAUAAAAUCUUGUAGUCGGUGGUGGCUCAGUGGACUCGAGGAAGAUUUCGAUUGAACUGCAUUUUAUUUGAGAAUGAAGCGCGAGGAUCACAGCCGAUACGACGGAGGUUCCGACCGCGCUUCGGUGCUUCUCAGUCCUCUGCUGGAUGUCUGAGCGCAGGAGGAGCGCAUGAUUUGCAUUCAAUUAUUUCACUCGUAUUUGCAAAUCGCAGAGUUUGUGUUAAAAAGGCACAGUUUGUGUUAAAAAGGCUGAUCAUGACACUGGGAGGGCCAAUCUGCUCCUCAUCUCUCUGCAUGACUUUUGCACCUGGAGAAAAGGAUACAGCGACCGUCAGAAAUCAGCUGGACAGCUCCUUAGCCACCCAUCAGAGUGCUACUUCACCAUGGAACCCUCACAGCUCACUGAGAUUAUCACCUGUCUUCAAGAGGAUCAACAACAGCGAAAGCAGUGUCUGGAGACCCUGAUGCAAAUACAGGCACAGACCCAGAGCUUCAUGCAGCAAGAAUCUAAAGAUCCCAAGAAAGCUGUCUUGCAAUGGUCAGAGCAUCAUCGUCAGAGGUUUCGCUCUUUGACCCUCAGUGAUGUCGGCCAUCCAUUUGCAUUUGCACAACAGCUCCAAGACAACUGUCAAAAGUGGUUGCUGGCUGAGGAUCAAGAUGCCAGAAGGAUUGUAGAGCGGGUAGUAAUGGAGCAGUUAGUUGAGCGACUUCCAGAAGUAACAGCCAAGUGGGUCCAGCACCAACAACCAGCAACACUAAAUGAGGCCAUCCAAUUGGCAGAGAACCACAUGGCAUCUCUCUCUCCCCUCUUCAGCAUCUACCCAAGUGAAGCAAUGAUGAAGGCACGCUGGGUGAAGGUGUGCAUUGGCUUUCCAUGGAGGUGGUCAGAGCAACAUCACCAGAAGUUCCGUUCCUUACUCCUCAGUGACGUCGGCAACCUAUUUGCAUUUGCACAACAGCUCCAAGACAACUGUGAGAAGUGGUUGCUGGCUGAGGAUCGUGACCCUGGAAGGAUUGUAGAGCGGGUGGUAAUGGAGCAGUUUAUUGCCCAACUUCCAGAAGUGAUAGCCAAGUGGGUCCAGCACCAACAACCAGCAACAUUAAAUGAGGCUAUCCAAUUGGCAGUGAAUCAAUCAUUCAUUGUUGUUUGUGUUAAUUUCUAGUUUUGUAGUUUACCAAUAAAUGUAAACAGGCAGUUGA